AUGACAAAAAAGUCAAAUUGGAUGAAACCAGAACGAGGGGUAAUGUUCCUUAAAACUUUAGCAUUAAGCUAUUCAAGCUUCCUGCUGUUUUCCUUCACUAGCACAUGUCAAACGGCCUCAUGACUUUAUUACUUGUGAAUGAUGUUUUUAGUGGAAAUUUCGCUAGGACUUGUUUCAGAAUUAAUUACUCGCACACAGAAAUUUAUCAAAAAUUUUAUUUUAAUUAUUCAAGUUUUGGAGUUUAUUUGGCAGCUGAUAGGGAUUUAUUUGACAAUUAGUUCAACUUGUCAAGAUGAAAUGCAAAAUGGAAUUCGAAUUUUGCUCUGUUGUUUUGGGCUUUCAACACUUAUUUUAUUCAUAGGGAUGGUAAGAGCUUUAUUUAAUUAA